AAGCAAUUUAAUCCCCUCCAGAAGUCCAUAUUCCCUUCUUAAUCUGAUAAAUUUCGGACUUAAUUCUCUAGUAUCUCUCAAACAUAUAUUCUUAACAAUAACUCGCCUGAGCUUUGCUUCUUUAAAACUCUUAAUUGCAAGCUAACUUAGUGUGAAAAAUUGGACUUUGACUUAUAGGAAAUUAGAAAAAGCUAGAACUAAAGAUGGAUUUUGUCUUCCACAACAGUUAUGUUCAUCCAAGCUGAUUUAGAGCAUGGAUACCUAUCAGCCUCACCCUCAAUGCUGGACAAGGUUAACAGAGUAAUAUUCUGAGACUUGCGUAUUUUAAGAAGGAUAAUUGAGAGUGAAUAAAGAACUAGAAGGAGUCAGGAAGAUCAGAGAGAGGAUCUACAAAUUAUUCUCAGCACCUUACGUGGGACACAUCAAACUACACCAACAUAUGGCUUAAUAAAUCUUGCAUAUACAAUUUAUUAUCCAUUUAAAUUAAUUU